AUGGCAGAGCAGCCUCUGUUUUCACCCAUCCACAAGGAUAACUCAACUAAGCUUUUCUCCAUGCAAGCUUUCCUACAAACUCCACUUCGACUCAAAAACUUAUUCUUAGACCUCGGCGCCACCUACACUUGGUUCGACUGCUCCAACUACACAUCUUCCACCUACCAGAACAUACAUUAUGAUACCACUGUUUGCCUACAGCUUGAUACCCUGAUUUCGGGAAACUGUUUCGAGCCGCCGAGCCCCACCUGUUUUAACGAUUCCUGCGAAUGCUUCCCGGAGAAUUCAGUGACCCGUCAGGUCGAUAUUGGGGAUAUACUUCUUGAUACACUUGCUUUACCCAAAACUGAUGGUAAGAACCCUGGAAAACUGGCCCUGAUUCCUGAAUUCGAGUUUAGUUGUGCUAAACCCAAGCUGCUCGCCGGUUUGCCUGCCGGAGUCAACGGUUUAGCCGCCCUGGGAAGAUUCAAUUUCUCUUUCCCAGCUCAGAUUAGCAAAGCAUUCUCUUCACCUUUCGUUUUUGCAAUUUGUGCGCCGAGUACACCGUCAGCCAACGGCGUCGCCGUCUUCAAUUCCUUCGGGCCAUAUUUCUUCUUACCUGGAAUUGACGUUUCAAAAUUACUAACAUAUACUCCGCUCCUCUUGAAGCCGUUUGGCGACACUGUCAUAGGUUAUAAUAGGCCGUCGGACGAGUAUUUCGUCGGAGUUACGGGGAUCAGAGUCAACGGGAAACCAAUCCCGAUAAAUCAGACCCUUCUCGGAAUCAAUCAAACUACCGGAUUAGGGGGGACCAAGAUUAGCACCUCCACGCCGUAUACAAUGUUGCAGACAUCCAUUUUCAAGACUUUCACGGCGGCGUUCAAGGCGGCGGCGAAUGCUCUUCAUCUCAAGCGCAAAGGCUUUGGAGGUGUUGCCGCUGGAAGAGCCAGCCUGCGCUCCGAUAAGCGCAAACGCGGUAUGUCUGUAACCGAAGCUGCAAACUUGGCCAAGAAGGCUCCAUGCUAUGCUGCAGAUAGUGCUCCGAUGCAUGGGGAUGUUGUUACUGUUUACUACCUAGGAAGUGAAGGUUGCAAGAAGCUGCUUGAGGAUGAUAUGGAAGCAUGGCUACAGGAGAACACCAAAGGCUCAAGGAGGAGGUUCGAGGUUAUAGGACCAGGAUGGUGA